GAAGAGCUGGCAGGUUUGAGUGCAGACAUGAUGGCGGAUUACGAGCAUUACAGAAAGGGUAGCACCGACGACGGAGGGCCGCAGGAGGAGGAAGACAGAGUGAAAACUAAGCCUGUCUCUUGUAGCACUGUGGGAGGAGAAGGGACAGCAGUCAAACGCACAUCCCAGCAUCUCACAGCUGAAGAUGAGGACGAGUCCUCAACUGAGCCACCAGCGCCCUGCAAAGUCUCCAAGAUAGGCUUUAGCAUGAGCAGUCCGAUGGGGAAGAAGUCAAACCCCAUAUCUAUUAAACUCGGAGCAACAAAACCCAAAGAGCCUGUACCUUCAGUUCCUCCAAAAAAGCUCGGACUGGCAUCUGUUUUUAACGAAGAUGAUGAUAGUGAACCUGAGGAGAUGCCCCCAGAAGCAAAGAUGAGGAUGAAGAACAUUGGCAGGGAGACACCAACAUCUGCGGGACCCAAUUCCUUCAACAAGGGCAAGCAGGGCUUUUCUGAUCAUCAAAAACUUUGGGAGAGGAAGAUAAAGGCCCAAGCAGACAAACUGUAAAUGACUACCACAGUUUUUGUCACUAAUGAAUAAUUUGUAUAGUUUAAAGAACGUCGGAUAUCUACAAAGGCUCAAAUUAUUCUUUAGCGUCCCCUUGUGUUUGACAACUGCUAAGCUUUGUGGACAUGACAUUAAGAAUGCUUUAAGCCUUCGAUGAUACUCUACGACUGAACUCAUGUUUACGUUUCCAACCACUACCGGCUGAUGCUAACUGAGAGGAGAGGAGAGGAGAGGUACCAGAGUGUCAAGCCUCUGUGAUGAGAGCUGAAGAGUGGGAAGAUGGGACAAAUAAAUUAGCCAGAAUAUUGUUUCAACUGUGUAAAAUUUGCUACAGUUACUUUCUGCUGGCUAAUGAGAAAAUCAAGUAUCUUAGAGCCCUCAUGCCCCUUAUGUGACAUGCUUGUUCCUAUCUGAAUAAGUGAAGUGGUCCUGAGCAAGCUUGGUGUUGUUUGUCUAUUACUUGUAUAAAAUUGUACAUAGAAGCGUGAUAAUGUUUUAUUUGUAAAUCCACAAAUUGGAGCGUGUGUUUGAGUUAUGUUAACGUGCGCGUGGGGGGAGAUAGACUAGACGUACAGAUUGUUUUGUUUUUUUCCCCAUUUUCUCAACAUCAAUGUACAACCCUUUGUUUCACCAGCUGUGCCACCUCAUAGGCAAUCUAGCUUGUUUUUUCUGUUUUGUUCUAUGAUUGUUUGAGCUUUGUGCCAGUAUUUUCAUUCAAUUUCAGUCUGCUUAACUGAAUCUGGCAAAAUUUGUGAUUAUUUUUAUGUACAAAUGGAAGGACUCAGCCUUGACAUGGAUACCAGGAUGCUGGUAACUGUCAUACAUUAUUUCUGGAUGCUUAAAAUAUAAGUUAGUGAUUAUUGGGAAUAUUUACAAGCUCUUUUGAUUGCCACUUUUGCAACAGAAAAAUGACGCCUCAGAAAUACAGCCCCCAUCCUUUUGGUUUAGAUAAAUGUGGUAUCUCAGUGGCUUUUUUUUUGGAAGAUCUUGAUCAAAAAUAGAAACUUUGAAUUCCUCCGUGGGUUACCCAACUCUUGUGAAGGGGCUUCCCCCAAAUUAAUGACAUUGCUAUCCACUGCUACAACCUGUUUGAUUUAUCAAACAGAAUUCUCUUGCAUACAUAUUUAAAAGCCAGUCAAUAAAAAAAAAUAAAAAAAUUGGAUCAGA